UGGUCUGGGUUUUACCCCGGGACAGGCCUGUGGAGCGCGGGGGAGUAGUCCCUGAGCGAGUGCUCAGGGCGGUGCCCGCCGUGCGGGCGUGGGGUGGAUCGCGACCCCCCGUCCCUCCCCGGGGCCGAGUCUCUGCAGCGCGCGCGCCGCCCACGCGCGAUCGUCGCUAUCGCCGGCUGCCGGCUGGCCUGGCCUCACGGCACGGAGACCCUGCCAGCCAUGGCCCAGCUCGGCGAACAGACUCUGCCCGGGCCCGAGACCACGGUGCAGAUCCGUGUCGCCAUCCAGGAGGCCGAGGAUGUAGAGGAUCUGGAGGAGGACGACGAGGGGACCUCGGCGCGGACAGCGGGGGACCCAGCCCGGUACCUCAGUCCCGGUUGGGGCAGCGCCAGCGAGGAGGAGCCGAGCCGCGGGCACAGUAGUGCCACGACAAGUGGGGGCGAGAAUGAUCGCGAGGACCCGGAGCCCGACUGGAGGCCGCCGGAUGAGGAGCUCAUCAGGAAGCUGGUGGAUCAGGUUGAGUUCUACUUUUCUGACGAGAACCUGGAGAAGGACGCCUUUCUGCUGAAGCACGUGCGGAGGAACAAGCUGGGCUACGUGAGCGUCAAGCUGCUCACCUCCUUUAAGAAGGUGAAACACCUCACCCGGGACUGGAGGACCACAGCACACGCCUUGAAGUAUUCAGUCACCCUGGAGUUGAACGAGGACCACCGGAAGGUUAGGAGGACCACCCCUGUGCCACUGUUCCCCAAUGAGAACCUCCCCAGCAAAAUGCUGCUGGUAUAUGAUCUACACCUGUCCCCUAAGCUAUGGGCCCUGGCCACACCCCAGAAGAACGGAAGGGUGCAGGAGAAGGUGAUGGAGCAUCUGCUCAAGCUCUUUGGGACUUUUGGUGUCAUCUCAUCGGUGCGGAUCCUAAAACCUGGGAGAGAGCUGCCCCCUGACAUCCGGAGGAUCAGCAGCCGCUACAGCCAGGUGGGGACCCAAGAGUGCGCCAUUGUGGAGUUCGAGGAGGUGGAUGCGGCCAUUAAAGCCCAUGAAUUCAUGGUCACUGAAUCUCGGGGCAAAGAGAACAUGAAGGCUGUUCUGAUUGGGAUGAAGCCGCCCAAAAAGAAACCCCUCAAAGAUAAGAACCACGACGAUGAGACCACAGCUGGUACCCACCUAAGCAGAUCCCUGAACAAGAGAGUGGAGGAGCUUCAGUACACUGGGGAUGAGUCUUCCGCCAACAGCUCCUCUGACCCUGAGAGCAAUCCCACCUCUCCCAUGGCGGGCCGGCGGCACGCGGCCAGCAACAAGCUCAGCCCUUCCGGCCAUCAGAAUAUUUUCCUGAGCCCCAAUGCCUCCCCGUGCUCAAGCCCAUGGAGCAGCCCCUUGGCACAGCGCAAGGGUGUCUCCAGAAAAUCCCCGCUGGCUGAAGAAGGUAGACUGAACUUCAGCACCAGCCCGGAGAUCUUCCGAAAGUGCAUGGAUUAUUCUUCCGACAGCAGCAUCACACCCUCCGGCAGCCCCUGGGUUCGCAGACGACGCCAAGCUGAGAUGGGGACUCAGGAGAAAAGUCCAGGGGCGAGUCCCCUGCUGUCUCGGAGGAUGCAGACUGCAGAUGGGUUGCCUGUGGGGGUGCUGAGGCUGCCCAGAGGCCCCGACAACACCAGGGGCUUCCACGGUGGACACGAGAGAGGCAGAGCCUGUGUAUAAUACCUUCUAUUUUUAAUACCAGCUCCAUCGGAAACCAUCUUUGUUUUCGAGGUCAUCACUAAUAGCUAGCAUGACAGAGAAUGGAGUUUGGUCCCCUUAGAAAGCUUUUGUAUCCAUGUAGCCCUCUUAAUUUAUAUAUUUGUAAAGUAUACAAACUGUCCGGUGGGCCAUGGGUUUAGGAUCAUCUUCUGGCUGGUGGCUGUUGUUCUCAGCAUGACCAUUGCUCUGUCAAUGCUUGGCAUGUGUUAGUGUGGUGGCUCUGAAGGGCUGUGGGACAAAGGCUCUCUGGGAAGAUCUAACAGUGUCGGGACCGGUUUUUCCUACAGUGACUGAGCUGUCUUUGGCAGGCCGUGCAAGGGCUCCUCUUAAGACCUCAAAGGAGAUGUGCUUAAUGGUAAAUCCUGCAGUCAAUAGCAUGGUGUCUCAUAGGGCUGAGUGUCUGUUCCCUGUCAAGUGAAUAAAUAAUAAAACACCCA